GAUAUGAAUCUUUAUUGCAUGUUCUUGCCCAGAUGGGCUAAAUGCACAAGAGGUCAUGCAGUAUGCUACAGUUUGGUAGAUGGCACUGGCACACCACUAACAGGUGGACAUGAGGUCGAAUUGCAAGGAAUUUAAAACAGUGCUAAUUAUUCUAACAAAGAAAUCAAAAUACACGGCCUUCUGUGGGGUGGGAAGCCCAUCCACCUUUGAACCGAAGCGUGUUCAAACACACUCUCGAUAGUUGAUAUAAUGGGGGCAAGGCCGGCGUCAAAAGCUUCAAAAGCUAGCUGUAAAGGUCAGGGCAAAGUACGGAGUCAUAUAUGUAGUACGGCAGGUAAAGGCGGAUAUUAUUUUGCCUCAUCUAAGAAACUUUAAUCUGUUGGGAACAUCACAGACUAUAUACUACAGUCGACUAGUCGAUCGAAUCCAUCUGAUAUUCAGGGGAGUAAAAAAGAUAACGAGUGGUUGAUACGAUGGAAAAAAUGAAGACCGGAAAGUCCCCCUGCACGCAAAUGGACCAGUCCUGUUAGUCCUGUUUUUUCCGGACACCUGUUCUGGCCCACAGGCAACAUGAGCGCGUUCUUGUACAGUAGCCUGCUGGCCGUGACGAUCUUCUUGGGAGAGUGUUGCCAUGCAGCGUUGCUAGGCAACCCACAGGUGAUUGACAUGACGUACACCUUCGACGACACCACAGUGAACUGGCCUACACGUGAACCUUUUCGUCUCAAAGAUACAUUCCGAGGCUACCAUGAGAAAGGCUACUAUUACGAAGGCAGUUCCUAUGAGGGAUUCGAACAUAGCGGUACCCACGUGGACGCGCCUUCGCACUUCUGUAAGGACAAGUGGCGAAUGGACGCUGUUCCACUAGAACGCCUGAUGGGCCCGGCUGUGGUUGUGGACGUGUCCAACAAGACCGAUAACAACGCGGACUACGCAGUAACGGCUCAGGACUUCCAGGACUGGGAGGUCAGCAACGGCAGAAUCCCCGACGGAUCCAUCGUGUUAGUUCGAACCGGCUGGGGCCAGUACUGGUCAGACAAACGAAAAUUCCUUGGAACAGACACCACCGACACGUCCCUGCUGCACUUCCCCGGUAUAGACCCAGAGGGCGCUCGUUGGCUGGUACAGAACAGAGGGAUGCACGCUGUUGGAAUUGACACCGGAUCUCUCAGUCCUGGACAAUCCCAUACCUUCAGUGCGCAUCAGGUAUUGUGCGAAGCUGACAUCAUCGGAUUGGAGUGUGUCGCCAACAUAGACAAACUACCGACCACAGGAGCCACUGUGUACGCUCUGCCGCUCAAGAUAGGGGAGGGGAGCGGGGGCCCGGCCAGGGUCAUAGCCAUCAUCAACAACCCUGCGAGUGGCAGCGGUAAAGACGAACUGUAGCUGUGCAUAUCAUUAAUUAUUGAUAUGAUAUACGGCCACCGCUCAAGGGACAGAGCAAAAUCGGUCGGUCGGACAGGUGGUCUGAAUAGACAGGUUACCACAAGACGGCUACUUUUGUCUUAAACAUUUGUUUAUUGAAAAAAAUGUGCCAACCCAAGUGUAGAAAAUAUGGUUUAUUGUUAUAUACACACGACGCCACAAUGUCUAAGUACAUAUAGUUUGUGUACAUGUGGACGGUAGAGUACCACUAUUGUACACUGUCAUCCAACCAAUAACAGUGGUCUUCUGUAUAAAGACACUGAUGUUCUCAUGACGUGAGGUGAUGAAGACGAUGUUUUAAUAACUAAAGUACUGGAUAGUUGUCCUGAAAUAUAAUUAUUUCUAAACGACAGUUUUCACAAUCUACUUGGAUCUAACGUAAUUAACAACGUUAAUUAUAUUUUA